AGUUAUUUUCUGUUAUUGUUUGCGCGUGACUCGUUGAAGAACGUGACAACACAGUUCUGUAAAAUUCUCCUUAGGAACAUUUCACUUAUAGUAUUUGACUCAUUAACAUUUCUCAAUCAUCAGACUUUGCGGAGAGGAAACAUUUGGCGAAAUAUUAAGGUUAACGUUACAUAUAAUCGUGUAAGGCUGUCAGAUUAACCAGCAUCUCGUGAUGAUGGAGAAGAUUGUUAAAGAUGUUGGUGACAUUCAGUCGAGACUGAUUGAUCACAGGCCGGUCUUGCAGGGAGAAAUUAGAUACUUCAUCAGGGAGUUUGAGGAGAAGCGUGCUUUCAGAGAAUGCCGUCUGCUUGAAAAUCUGAAUAAGAUGACAUCAGACACAAAUGAACAUGAUCUGCCGCAGUGCAUUGAGAGUAUGCAGGAGAAACUAUGUGAUGCUCUCACACGACUUGAAGCAGCGAAUCAUAUUGCCCAGAGGAUCCAGCAGAGGGAGCUAGAGGCUGAGCAGAACACACAUCUGCAGGUGAGUGCGGAGAAGCGGAAGCAAGACUGGGAGGAAUUCCUGAAGGAGCAGUCUCGGCUGAAGGAGGAGGUGGAUGAGGAGCAUGUUAAAGCUGUGGGCCGACUCAGCGCUCAAUACAAUGACAUGAAAAAAGACCUGGCUAAAUACAGCAGCUUCUGAACCCCGAUGAAUGCAUUUUACUUAUAUCAGUGAAGUCCAGUUUUGUUCUUUUUCCAUUUUGUUGAUGGUGUCGAGGAUUGCAUUAAAGAAAUAUUUUAUACGAAAUGAAAA